UUUUGUUUAUCUUGUCAGGCAACGGUUGGCUAAGAGAAUUCAUUAGCACGCCUGCUAGGAACAUGUACUCUGACUAUGAGUGUGGUUCUUGCCACAAAACCUUCGAGGCAGGCUGGCAAGCUCGCGAAAACCAUCUUCGCUCUACAGGUCACCAUGCUCCGACAUUCGAGUGUGAUAGUUGCCCUUCUCACUUCCGUUCUGAGACGGCAAGAUUUCAGCACAUGGACGCCUUGAACCAUUUUGAAUGGGAGUGCUCACUAUGCAAUGAGACGUGGCCGACAGACGAGCAGCGAGUCGAACACGAACACGAUGAUCACAACUAUUGUAGUGAAUGCGAGAAGACUUUCGCAAAUCGUAACAAUCUGAAAAUGCAUCUGAACUCCCGCACCCACCGUGGGCAACAGAUCCGGUGCCCUUUUUGUGCUGGUAGCUACACGACUGCUACUGGCCUUACCCAUCAUAUAGAGACCGGUUCGUGCCCAAAAGCUGCAGGCCUAACUCGCGACACACUUUAUAAAGCCGUGCGCAGCCGGGAUCCCGGCGGCCUCAUCACUAAGAACUUGAUCGGCUGGCACGGCUCAACGCAGUAUGAAGCCAAUGACCGUUCAUACAACUGGAACCGCCAACGCUGGGAGUGCUAUCUCUGCCACCACCUCUUUGGGAGUUUGGCAAGUCUAAACCAGCAUUUAAAUUCUCCUGCUCAUCAGAAGGCAUUGUACCACUGCCCAAAUCGGAGCUGCGGAAAGGAAUUCACGACGCUGGCCGGGAUCGUCAAUCACCUCGAAAGUGAGUCGUGUGGCUGCACACGCUUUGACAAUGUUCAACGCAGCAUUCCGGGUGUGCUACAUGGCAACAGAUCUAUUGCUUUUUAAUACCAUGAAAGGUAUCCCGCGAGAUCCUGUGUUUUAAAAUAAGUUUGAGGGACCGCAUUGGAUGAUCUGACUAGCUAAACAUGGGUUAUGAAACAGGCUGUACGAUAUGCGACGGUCUAGAUGAUUGAGUGAGUUUACUUGUACAAUAGUACAGCCUUUUUUCUUUUUUCUUUUUCUUUUAGCAAUAAUAUACUUAUACUGUCUUUUGUGAACACUGUUCCCUACUUCUAAGGUGGCUAUUCAAACCGCUGCAUUGGUUCCCAGCCUUAGUUUGACACCUUCGACCUGCUCUUAGAUAGUCUUCAAACG